UGGAUUUAGUCUGUAAAACGAAUUCAUAACGAUCACUCGUAAAUCUAUUUGAAUAGAAGAUUAUAUUGAUAGUAAAGUUAAAAAAAUAUAUAUAAAUAUAGAAUUAUGGAGAAAGUAAAUUGAAGAAUAAAAAAUAAAAAUAAAAUAUUAAAUUAAAAAAAUAAUAUUUUUAGAACAAAGAACACAAAAUCAUCUGCAUAAAUAUUUAUAUACACGCAAAUAAAAUAGAGAAAAAAUAUAAAAAAAAAUAUUUUUGACAAACCACUUACAAAUGCACAUGUACUCGUGUUGUUGCAUUUGAGUUUGCUGCUUGUAUUUGACAACGCAGCCCAGCACAACGCAACAUCAAAAACAAAAGUGAAAGUACUAAAAUAGAGACUAAGAAGAGAAAAACUAAAAAGAGGAUAUUCUUCUCUAAUUUGAAAAUAGUAAUACAUAUUUAUAUGUUCAUAAAUACACAUACACAUAAUUAAGAAAUAAAAUAUCGGUAAAAGUCAAUGUCACUGCCAAACGUUUUGUUACACAUUCAACAGAGUAACUAGCGAUCAUAUCGGAAUAAAUAAAUAUAAAGUUAAGAUUUUUAAAAUAAAUAUUUUAGAAUAAAAUGUGUGUGCAAAUUUAAAAAGUUAAAAAAAAAAAAAAUAAUAUUGUGUGUUCUAGUUGUUUCUAAUUUAUUAAGAAAAUAAUAAAUAUUAUUUAUAUUGCUGCUGUUUUUUUAACUAAAAACUAAAAAGAAAAAUGUCUCAAGAUCAAGGGGAAAAAUCUAAAUCCAGCAUUAGCGAGGAAGCUUAUAAAGAAAUUGUUACAAAUGAAUUGGAACGUGUAGGAAUUGGUGGAAAAUUUGUAUGGUCCAUAUUUUUCCUUUGUGUAUUACCAAAUAUUUUAAAUGGAUUUCACGUGAACUCAUAUACUAUGAUUGGUCAUUUGCCAGACGAUCAAUGGUGUAGUAUAGCAGAACUUCAGACAACAAAUUGGACUGUUGAUCAAAUACGUAGUAUUUCCCAGAAGGACUUGACAACAAAGGGCUGUACAGUAUGGGAUUGGGAUUACAAACAUUUGAGUAAAAUGUCCUAUGAAGAAGCCUAUAAUUAUACGUCGAGCAUGUCAGAAAUUAGUUUACCGGCUGAGGUUUCUUGUAAAGCAAAAGGUUCCUAUAAUUAUACAUCGCCUGAAAGUACAUUUGUAGCUGAUUGGGAUCUGGUGUGUGAACGUGCUGUUGAGCGUACAUCGGCCCAAGUAGUUAUUGCUCUUGGUAAAUUUUUUGGUUCCUUUUCUUUUGGAAUCUUUUCAGACAAGUUUGGCCGUAAAUCAUCGUUUACUUUAGGUGCCGCAUUUUUUGUCGUAUCCAGUUUCUUUUGUACAUUUUCUCCUUGGUAUUUCCUAUUCUUAAUUGGUCGUUUUGGUUUGGGUUCAGCUUCCUCUGGUCUAUUCUAUCCUGCAUUUGCAAUGAUUGUUGAAAACAUUUGUAUAAAACACCGUUCUUGGAUGUCUAUAGCUUUCUCUGCUUCUUAUCCGGUUGGUAUGAUAAUUUUGGCUGUAGCUGCUUACCUAGUCCAACCCUGGAGAUAUUUACAACUCACUCUUACCAUACCAGCUCUUUUGUUAAUUUUGAAUUGCUAUUUGAUGGAUGAAUCACCACGUUGGCUUAUAGCAAACAAGCGUUACGACCGUGCCUAUAGAAUCUUAUUUAAACAGAAGAGUCAUUAUGAGAUUGUUAAGCCAGUCAUUGAAUCCUCCAUAACUUCUGAUAAGAAAAUCGAAGAGCCAGUGAUUUCAAUUUCUUUGUGGCAAAAAAUUAAAGAUGGUCCUCUAAAGCAAAUAAUUGCACUUUUUGCCACAUCCAAAGUACGCAAAUUAAUUCUAACUUCCUAUUUUAUGUUUUGUGUUACAUCAUUGUGUUAUUAUGUAACCGCUUUAAAUGCUUCCAAUUUAGCUGUAAGUCGUUUCCUAUAUGUGGGUAUAACAGGCCUUGUUGAUUUACCAUCAUAUUUAGUGCCUGUGGUUAUGUUACGUUUAACAGGACGUAGAAUAACAACAAUGUCACUGUUCUUUUUGACUGGUAUUGCUUUACUAUUGGUGCUUGUAGUGCCAGAAGACAAUACCACCUGGAUUGUUUCAUUUGCCAUGUUGGGUCGUUUUGGCAUUAGUGCUACCUAUUCUGUUGUGACAUUGUAUACAGCUGAACUUUAUCCUACAGAAAUUCGUAGUUCAGCUUUGGGCACUUGUUCAACGUGGGCUCAUGUUGGUUCCAUUACAGCUCCUUAUGCUGUAGAUUUAUUGGGUCCUCUUGGCUGGUAUAUACCCACAACCAUAUGUGGAUGCUGCGUUUUAGUAGCUGGUAUACUCACUCUUACUUUACCUGAAACCGGUACAGGCAAACUUAUCGAUCGUGUGACGGAGGUUUCUGCCGAAUCUAAAGAUGAGAAUAAGAAAAAUGAGACAUCACAAUCCGAAGAAGAGCAAAUUAAAAAAUAAUUUUGUUUUAUUUAUU